AUGGAAAAAGGGAGGUCUUUUUCCACCAUUAAGGUCUAUUUGGCUGCGAUUUCAGCCUGUCAUGUGGGUUUUGAGGGCUCUACUGUCGGGCAGCACCCUCUAAUCCGCAGAUUUAUGAAGGGUGCACGCCGCUCGUUGCCAGUCAUCAGGAGAACUGUUCCGGAAUGGGACCUCUCCAUGGUGCUGGAAGCACUGUCUCAACAUCCUUUUGAGCCCCUGGGGAGUAUUUCCCUUAAGCUGCUGUCCUUCAAGACAACUUUGCUCUUGGCCUUGGCAUCUGCUAAACGUGUCAGUGAGCUACAUGCACUCUCGGUUCACCCCUCGUGCACUAAGUUCUCCCUCAGUGGAGAUAAGGUUUCCCUUAAGCCUAACCCGGCCUUCAUGCCGAAGUGCUUCCCUGCGUUCACUUCGGAGGUGUUGGAGCUGUCCGCUUUUCACCCUCCACCUUUUACCUCUCUGGAGGAUCAGAGGCUGAAUGCUUUGUGUCCAGUCCGUGCUUUACAGGCUUAUAUGACCAGGACCAACGCUUUCCGGAAGAGCGACCAGCUCUUUGUUUCAUGGGCCCCUCCGCACAGAGGGAGUCCCAUAUCGAAGCAACGCCUCUCACAUUGGGUUGUGGGCGCUAUAACUAUGGCUUAUGAAGCAAAGGGAGUGCAGCCCCCAAGGGGCAUCAGAGCUCAUUCCACAAGGGGCUUAGCCGCCUCUUGGGCUUUGUUUAGGGGAGUGUCACUGCAGGACAUCUGCUCCGCUGCCAGUUGGGCUUCUCCUCAUACCUUUGUGCGUUACUAA